UUAAGAGGGGUUAGCUGGCCGUUUGCUUCGCACUCGACUGUCAUUCACAGUUUACCUCUCGCCGUGGCAAGAUCGGCCUCUCGGCGUUGGGCGGUUUGUUUACCUUUUUCAGUGCGGUGUGUGUGUGUGUGUUCGUGCGUGCGCCGCUCCGUUGCGAUUGUGUGCGCCCGUUUUCCCAAUUUCGUGUUUUUCCGUUUUCGCGAGGAAAAGCCUGCUCUGACACCGGAAAAAAAGAUCCGCACACGACACCGUAGGAAAAUCGUGAGAAAAAUCGGGAAAGUCUUGUUUUUGAGGUUUUGAGAAAAAAACACGAAAAUUUUCCAAAGUUUGCGACGUCGUCGGGAUAUUGCGAAUUUCUUUUCCAAUUUCUGUUCUCAAAGUUUGUGCUGAAAGGAAAAGCCUAGCGCAAAAUCCGUGUUGUUUUUCGUGGAAAAUCAUUUUUGGAAAAGAAGCCUUUCGAAAAAAAGUUAAGGUAAAGUGCGUAUUAAGGUGAACCAAGUGCUUUGCAAAAAAAAUAAAAGAGAGAAAAAGAUACCGUGACCAUUCGUCGUCGCAUCGGGGCAAAUGAAAGGAAUAAUAUGUAAAUUUAAUCAAUUUGCACACUGAGAGAGGCCCACAAGUGCACCAUCCUUUUGCAGCAGCAGCAGUGUGUUUGUGUGUGCGUUGCUGUUUGUGCCCCGCCGUCGACUGGAGGAGAGUUCGUUUUUAUUGAUCGAAAGGAUGAAAGCUGACCAUCUUCGAGGAAAAUUUUCAGCAUGAAUAAGAAGAGAUAAAAGUGUGCCCACACAGGAUACGGAAGAACAAGUUUUGCAGAAAGUUGGGAAAAAAUAACGCAAAAAUCAAGGACACGCGUAGCAGCUAGUCUGGAGCCAAGCUCAGGAAGUAGCAGAAGCAGCGUCUUUAAACGGAAUAAACUGUUGGAGGAUACCACAACUCUAAUCCCCGGCACAAGUGACUACAGAGCAGUCGUCCCAGCCAAGAACACGUCAACCUAGAAAGUGGACGCGUGAACUGCCGUGGUGAGCGCCGGGGGAAGGCCCAAAUGGAAGCAUGGACAACGAGCAGCCCCACCAGGAGUUGGUCAAAUGUGUCCUCGUCGGCGACACGGCCGUUGGCAAAACGCGGCUGAUUUGUGCACGGGCCUGCAACAAACAUGUUUCACUUUCGCAGUUACUUAACACGCAUGUGCCAACCGUGUGGGCCAUUGACCAAUAUCGGAUAUACAAGGAUGUGCUGGAACGGUCGUGGGAAAUCGUGGACGGCGUCAAUGUGUCACUCCGGCUGUGGGACACCUUCGGAGAUCACGACAAGGACCGGCGGUUCGCGUACGGAAGAUCCGACGUGGUGCUGCUGUGCUUCUCGAUCGCCAACCCGGUCUCGCUGCGCAACUGCCGCGCCAUGUGGUACCCGGAGAUCCGCAAGUUCUGCCCGGACACGCCCGUGAUACUGGUCGGCUGCAAGAACGACCUGCGGUACAUGUACCGGGACGAGACGUACCUCUCCUACUUUGGCGACCGCAGCCCGUUCGUGCGGGCGGCCCGCAAAAGCGACCUGGUCAUGCCGGACGAGGCGCGGGCCGUGGCCAAGGAGCUCGGCGUGGCGUACUACGAGACGAGCGUCUUCACGUACUUUGGCGUGAACGAGGUGUUUGAGAACGCGAUCCGGGCCUCGUUGAUUGCGCGCCGCGAGCACCGGUUCUGGAUGACGAAUUUGAAGCGGGUUCAGCGGCCGCUGUUACAGGCACCCUUCCGACCGCCCAAACCUCCGCCGCCGGAAGUGACGGUCAUAACCGGCAAUCACACUAAAGAUAUGCUAAACAUGUUCAAUUCGCAGUGCUAUACAGAUCUAGUAUUAAUUGUCGGUACUAUACGUUUUUCCGUACAUAGAUUUAUGUUAGCUAGUAGUUCUAAUGCAUUUCAUAGGUUACUAACGAUGGACAUCUCCGACAUGGGUGCCCGCAGCAGUAGCGAGUCCAGCAUGGUCAGUUCCACGUUCGGCGAGUCGACGACGGCGGACUUUAACGAGGACACGGAGUGUUUGAUCCGGGCGGACCAAACCGGUGGCAAGACCGGAACCGCGAUGGCCGGAGCGUCCAACAGAAUGUGGGAACAGCUGAAACGACGGUCCAGCUAUCAGGCUCUACCCACGAUUGAGCCCAAAAAGGAUCUCUACCGAGAGCUACACCAUCCAGUGUUUCAAAGUAUUAGGAUUUUCCAGAUCGAAAACGGCAAGCACAGCUUCACCCAAACGCAGACGAUAGUCUCGGUGAGCAAACUGAUCACGCCGCAAGCGAUGCAACAGUGCUUGAAGUUCAUCUACACCGGAGCGAUCGACCGGGAGUGUCUCGAUCUGCAAACGGCAUCGAUAGGAUUAAUACUGGAAAUUCGUCAAGCCGCCGAAUUCCUGGAACUUCCCCAGCUGAUGGUGCUGCUCUCCAACACCCAGGCAAACCAGAGCUUCAUGAACGAUGAAACGAUUCAGCACUACUCUACGUGUAUGAAACAAAACCUAGAGAAAUAUUGUGUUCAGAACGGCAUCUUCGGCGACAUCACGUUCGAGCUGGACGACGGCCACAUGAAGGCCCACCGGGCCAUGCUGGUGGCACGCUGUGACGUCAUGAAGGCCAUGCUAAACGGGGACUUCCGCGAGGCGCACGCCAAUUUGAUUGUACUUCCAGGUGUAACCGAAUACACAUUCCAUAAGCUGUUGUGCUACAUGUACACCGACGAGAUUCCGCCCAUUUCGGCAGACAAGUGUCUGAACCUGUUGGAGCUGGCGAACCGGCUCUGCCUGCCGCGGUUGCUCAAUUUGGUCGAGUGCCGGGUGAUUGAGGAUCUCACGCGGAUGAGCCAGAACGAGACGAGCGAGGCGGUCGAGCACUGCUUGAGGCUGCUGGAGCCGGUGAAGCUCCACAACGCGCACCAGCUGGCCGAGUGGUGCAUGUCCUACCUGUGCGUCAACUACAACAGCAUCUGCAAGCUGUCGCCACGGAGCCUGAAGGGCCUCCAUCCGGAUAAUCAGGACUACCUGCGGGAGCACCGCUGGCCGCCGGUCUGGUACCUCAAGGACUACGACUACUACCAGCGCUGCAUGAACGAGCUCAACCGGGAGCUCAACAAUGGGAAGAAAGACUGCACGGCGGACGACAAGGGCUGUCUCUGCUUUUCCGGAGUGUAUUUCUGGCUACUAGGCAAAUCGAAGCGGUCGGCGGCGGCGGCCAAGUCCACGCUGCAGACGGCCAUCACGGCCAGCUCGGACCACCAGCAGGACGUCGUCAGCACCAGUCUGUUCCAGUCCAACGCCAACUCGGUGAACCAGCUCGAUCCGGAGCACGACGGCGGCGCGGCGGACCUCUGACAUUUGGCCGACGGCCCGUGGAGAUCCCUCCGGUUCAUUGUGAUUCUGCCAGUGUUGAUCUGCUUCAUCUGCACCAUCCUGAGCAUCCUGAUCAUAUUCCAAAUCUACACCUAAUAUUUGCUACAGCGGUAGCCACCGCUGGACGGAUACUGACGAGACAACAAACGAUUACAAAAAAAAAUGCAUUUUAUGCGCCAUCCGCCAAUUGAGAUACUCGCGAACCGGUAACCAACAACACAAAACAAAAAUUAAAACACGCAUUUUAAAUCCUCCCCCCGUUCAAAAUAAGCGUCAAAAAAAAAUGAUGAAAACGCAAAACGAAACCGCACAUCCCAAGAAUAAAAUCUAUUUGUAAAAGUUUGUGUAUUUGUAACAAAGGGUGAAGAAGAAGUAAACAAACUUGAAUGUAAUUCCGGCCAGAAUGGCGUGCAACCCAAUGCAGCUCUUAACAGAAAAAAAACACUUAUAACUAAUCCAGGAAGCGAAACAAUUGUACUGUCCCCCAACAAAAGUUAGCGAGAAUAUUGCAACGCAAGUGUGAGAAGAAAAAAAAGCCAGCCAGAAUUAGUACUACUACAAACCUUUACUGCACACAGACUCACUCUACUAUUACGCGUACUAAACUGCUACUAAGCUAGGAUGAACAUAAAGCAGUCAUACAGGCAGAUCUAAAAUCGACAAUUUGUGGGUCUCCAGGGUCCUCUCUUUUAAAGGAAAAUAGUGAAACACGCAAAAUGAUAAAGUAAAAAUACCGUAGAAUUGUAGGCUUAAAACCAUUUGUGGCGCGAAAGUUGUGGGCCGAAUUUUACUCUCAAAUUUUAGAACGUUUCAUUUAUUCAAUACAAUUGAGGGCAAGAGAGAGAUGGACGACAAGGAUUAGGAACAGGAUGGUCGGGAAGUUGGUGCUUUGAGCAACAUUCAGUCUUUUUGUAUAAAUGAAAAGCAGGAAAAAGUGUGAUAAUUUAAAACGUUCUUUCCUUCCUCACCCCUUUUUGAAGUUAAGUAGGUACGCUGAGAUUAAGCAGUUGAUUGUUUUGUUUGAGGUUAGUUGAGGCGAACAAAGAUGGAGGAAAAGAAAAACAUUCAAAGUCUGUUAGCAUUUAUACUGAUAAACAAUUACGUGUUUUUUAUGUUUCAAACUAGGUCGCAUCCGGUUAGCAAGUCCCAGAGAAAAAAGAAAGAGAGAAAGAGAUUUGUCCCCCAAUUAUCGUUCUUCUAUUCAUUAGGCUUCGUAAAGUGCUUAGAAUUAGUCGCUAAGCUAGGUUUAGAAACCAUGCCUGUCAACACAUUCGGUAAUCGCCUUAGAAAAGUUUACGUUAUUGCAAACAAAUUUAACAAAUUUAAACUCUAAUGAUAGAGCAAAGCAACAUUUAAACCAAAACAUUUACAAUUGCAAAAGAAAAUAUAUUAUUUUCUUAUUUUAAACUGCUCGUUCCAUUACUAUAAAUAUAUAUUUUAAUCAACGGAAAGCGACAGAAAGAGAACGUGAGAGAGAAUGAAAAGGCAAAUCAUUUGUGAUAAGAGAUGGACUAUUUUUGAUAACACACAAACAAAACACUCACACUAAAAUGAAUUUGCUUAAGAGAGAGAGAGAGAGUUUGGUUUCCUUCUUCUUCUUAAGUCUUGGACUAGUAGUGCGGUAGUGGUUUUGCCUCUCGUAGUUACGGCAGAAAUUAAAACAAAAAACAAAAA